AAAAACCUUUAAAUGUAUGUUAGUAGCAUUUAGCGUGAAAAAUUAAAAUAAUAUUUAAUAAAUGCAAGUUUAUUGAUUUUAAAUAUUUAAUUGUGUUUAACGCAUACUAUUGACGUCAGUGCAAUAAUAAAAUAAAUAAAAUAUUCGGAAUAUCCCUUACCCUACCGGCACCGGUUGGGAGUUCGUGUUUUGUUGAUACUAAAUAUGGCAAAUAAUAAUUACACUGGUUUUGGUUAUGGUGGAACGCAGUACAAUGCGGGACAGGUAACCUAUCCUGCAGUUACCAAUGCUACGUACGCUAAUGCGGCUGCUUAUCAAUCUGCUGUUGCUGCUGGACAAGGAGGGUAUGCAGCGGCCGGUGCUUCGGGUGCUAGUGGAUAUGGUUACGCUGAAUACAAUCGAACAAUGCAAUCAUAUGAUACUAGCAAAACAUUUUAUCAACAAGCACCGUCCAGCUACGCCACUGCUCCAGCAGUAACAGUGAGUAAAACGCAUUAUUCAGCACCGCCUGUGAAAAAUAUAAAUGCAGGAGUAAAAUCAGCAACCAAGGACAAAAAUAGUUCCAAACAACAAUCAGCAACACCAAUUGUUGCUACAACCGCCGCGGCAACUGCAUAUCCCGGUUAUGAUGCCACUUUGUAUAGUGCAGCGUCCAUGUAUGUUGCACAAGGUACAGCAGUUAAACCAAAUGUUGCUGCUGCUGGUUGGCCGCAAUAUCGCAAUGGCAAAGGAGGAGCAGCACGUGGUCGUGCUAAACCACCUCCGCGUCCACAACAGUUACACUAUUGUGAAGUAUGCAAAAUUUCUUGUGCUGGCCCACAAACUUAUCGCGAACAUUUGGAAGGUCAAAAGCAUAAGAAACGUGAAGCAUCAUUAAAAAUGCAAGCUAGCGCGCAGACAACAGUUCAAAAUCGUGGUAAUAAUUAUCAUUGCGAAUUAUGUGAUGUUACCUGUACUGGUACUGACGCUUAUGCUGCUCAUGUACGUGGUGCUAAACACCAAAAAGUUGUAAAAUUGCACCAGAAACUCGGAAAGCCUAUACCUUCUGAUGAACCCAAAAAAAUGACUAAAAUUAAUUUCGUACCAGCGGCUGGCGGUGCAGCUGAAGGUGCUGAAGGUGAAAGUAAUAAAGCUGAAAGUUUAAAUGAAGCAGAAACUGAAGAUAAUCAAGAAAAUGCUGAUAGCAUUGGUGAAAACACUGACAACAUAAAGCCUGUUGGUGGUGAAUAUAUUGAAGAAAUUAAAGAUGAGGAGGGUAAAAUACUUAGCUUCAAUUGUAAAUUAUGUGAUUGUAAGUUUAAUGAUCCGAACGCCAAAGAGAUGCAUAUGAAAGGCAGACGACAUCGUUUGCAAUAUAAACGAAAAGUGCAACCAGAUUUGGUUGUUGACUUUAAACCCACACCGCGCCAGAGGCGUUUAGCUGAAGCUCGCGCUCAACGAGCACUAAUGCACUCUCACCGUAGUGGAAAUGGUGGAUUUAAUGAUGAACAUGAAGGCGGUGGCAUGUAUUGGGGUGACGAACAAAGGCGUAGAUCUCAGUAUGAUGAUGAAUACGAUUAUUCUAAUUGGUUGGCACGUAGUUUUGCAGGAUCUCAACGCGGUUUCGGUGGUCGCAUGGGUAAUGGACCACCACCAUUCUAUGGAAUGAUACCAGGUGGAGCUAAUGUACGCCGUCCUGAAAGUACUGAUGACCGUCAUGCAAUUGCACGACAUGCUGAAAUUUAUCCUAAAGAAGAAGAACUGCAAACAAUUCAACGUAUUGUUUCACAUACUGAAAGAGCAUUAAAGUUUGUAUCAGAUUCCUUGGCAGAAAACCCAGAUGAAAAUGGUAUUAGUGCCAAGAAAGAAAAGUAUGAUAAUACUCAAAUGAAGGAUGGUCGCGACAAUCAAAUGUUAUCAUUUCAAAAGGAAGCAGACUCUGGAAAUAUUCGUAUUUUAAAAGGAGUUAUGCGUGUUGGGUGCCUAGCUAAAGGAUUAUUACUACAAGGUGAUAAUAUCGUUGAGUUAGUGGUUUUAUGUUCAGAUAAACCAACUAUUGGCCUAUUGAAGCGUGUUGCUGCUGAACUACCAGCGAAACUUAAAGAAGUUGCAGGCGAAAACUCAGUCGAAUAUACUGUAAAUGUGGCAAUAGAUGAGUCAGCAGUUAUUGUUAAAGAUGAAAAUGUAUCUGUUAAAAUAGCAUUGACUUCUCCAUUAUUACGCGAGACGCCGGAUGGAAAGAAACCUGUAGAUGAGUUAACUGCAAAUGGUGGAGUGGGCGAUGCUUCUCUUUUACCAAGGGAACCAUGUCUUAAGGCUUUGGCUGAAUUGCGUCAUGCUAAAUGGUUUCAGGCACGUGCUACUGGCUUGCAAUCUUGUGUUAUGGUUAUACGUAUACUACGUGAUCUCUGUCAGCGUGUUCAAUCUUGGAACGCUUUACCACAAUGGUCUCUGGAAUUAUUAGUGGAGAAAGUAAUUUCGUCAGCUGGUAUGCCUAUAUCUCCAGGCGAUUGCAUGCGUCGUAUAAUGGAGGCAUUGGCAUCGGGUUUCCUUAUUAAUGGACCUGGUCUUUUGGAUCCUUGCGAGAAAGAACCAACAGAUGCAUUAAAUAAUUUAACUAAACAACAACGUGAAGAUUUAACAGUUUCAGCGCAAUUAUUCUUACGCUAUAUUGCAUUCAGACAAAUUUAUAAGGUCUUAGGUAUGGAUCAAUUACCAGCAAUGAAAUUCCCAAUUCGUCCAUGGCGUGUAAAUCGUAAACGUAGACGUUCCUCUGGUAAAGGAGGUGUUGGUGGGGAUGGUGAUAAUGCUGAUAUAGAUGACAUCAUUAGCGAUGAAAAGAUUGCUAGGAAAGAUAAUAUUUAAAGCAGCUAAACUUUGACUUAUUUAAAUUAAUAAUAUUUGAAAUUUAUAAUAUGUAUUUUCCAGUUGGAAAAACAAAAAGCUAUUUGAAAAUUUUUAAUGAAUUAAUAAUAACCAUUAGUUUGUGAGAAACUAUUUCAUGUCACAUAACAAUUGAAUUUUAUUAGAAUUUAGAAAUCAAUAAAUAAUUUUAUGACAACAUAAAAUAUAUAUGUAAUCGUUUAUAUAUUUAUAAAUAAUCAUCCCAUUUGGAGUUCUUUUUACAGCUAGAACUGAGGUCAGAGGCUCUACUUUCAAUCCCACGUUUUUUAGACGAGGAAGACGCUUCGGUUGCAUUUUGAUUUCCAUGAAAUGUAGUUGUGUCACAAUAGCUCGUAUUAAAGUCACUAUUUGCAUUAGUCUCGUCCACAUAACAGCUCCAUUUAUUUUCCCUUUCGCUGUUCUCUUGUUGUGAUUGUUGUCCUAAGAAGUCUUCCGGCGUGUUUUCCAUUGCAAUAAAAUCAAUAUCAUCACUUUGUAAAAAUUCCAAAACUUCAUUCUCGACUUCUUCAGUGGCACGCCCUU